AACCUCUCUCUAACUCGCUGUGCAAAGAAAACCUUUAUCAGCUGCCCCGUGAGUUUUUGUCCAGAAGGGGAGCGCUCUCCCUCUAUUCACAACUCCAGCAAAGAGCAAAAACAGAAGGAAAAAAAAAAAGGUAACCCGAAAGUAGGCAAAUGUUCUCCCACCGACGAAUCAUUAUUACUUCUUUUCUCAGCCGCCAUUUCUUCUUCGCCUGAGAAUCUGAGCAUUUUGUGCAAAAGGAGUGAAUAUUGAGAGGUUCAGAUUCGCAGAGAAAACUCAACUUGGGUUUUCCCUUUUUACCAUUUCUGGGUGUAGAAUAAUGAAUGGUGCUACGGAUUGCUUUGACUCUGAGUUCGUCGAAGUUGAUCCCACUGGAAGAUACGGCAGAUAUAAUGAAAUUCUGGGCAAGGGAGCUUCAAAGACAGUUUACAGAGCGUUUGAUGAAUAUGAAGGGAUUGAAGUGGCAUGGAACCAAGUAAAGCUCUACGAUUUCCUCCAAAGUCCUGAAGAUCUCGAGAGGCUCUACUGCGAGAUUCAUCUACUAAAGACGUUGAAGCACAAGAACAUAAUGAAGUUCUGUACUUCCUGGGUGGACAUUGCAAAUAGAAACAUCAAUUUCGUGACUGAAAUCUUCACUUCAGGGACUUUGAGGCAAUAUCGGCAGAAGCACAAAAGAGUCAAUAUUAGAGCAGUGAAGCAUUGGUGUAGGCAGAUCUUGAAAGGGCUCCUAUAUCUCCAUAGCCAUGACCCACCUGUGAUUCAUAGAGAUCUCAAGUGUGACAACAUCUUCAUCAAUGGAAACCAGGGUGAAGUGAAGAUUGGAGAUCUUGGACUUGCUGCUAUCCUAAGGAAAUCUCAUGCUGACCAUUGUGUUGCAGGAACACCAGAGUUUAUGGCGCCUGAAGUUUAUGAGGAGGCAUAUAACGAAUUGGUUGAUAUAUAUUCCUUUGGAAUGUGCAUAUUGGAGAUGGUGAAUUUCGAAUAUCCCUAUAGUGAAUGCACUAACCCUGCUCAGAUAUACAAGAAAGUCAUCUCUGGUAAAAAGCCUGAAUCUUUAUACAAAGUGAAGGAUCCAGAAGUGAGGGAAUUUGUGGAGAAAUGCUUGGCCACUGUUUCCCUCAGGCUUUCUGCUAGGGAGUUGCUGAACGAUCCUUUCUUACAAAUCGACGAGUAUAACCCCGAUCUCCAGUUAUUAGAUUAUGGAAAGGAUGUCGAGGAGAUUAGUCCCUAUAUGAGGCAGCCCUACCUUGAUCUUCAUAACGGCAUGUAUUCUUCCUACAAUAACAGAUAUAGUUAUGAUGCUCAUAAUGAAGUGGAGUACAAUCAUCCUGCUGAAAUGGAGCAUGCAGGGAUUGAACUCUUUGAGUACCACGAUGAUGAAGACGACGAUGAUGAUCAUCCUCCCAACGUUGAUAUCCGUAUUAAGGGCAAGAGGAGAGAUGAUGGUGGCAUCUUCUUGAGACUUCGUAUUGCGGACAAAGAAGGCCGUAUUAGGAAUAUCUAUUUCCCAUUCGACAUUGAAACGGAUACAGCAAUGAGUGUAGCGACUGAAAUGGUUGCAGAACUCGAUAUAACCGAUCAAGAUGUGACUAAAAUAGCAGACAUGAUAGACGGUGAGAUUGCUUCCUUUGUACCAGGCUGGGGGCCAGGGCCUGAAGGUCUCAACGAGAUGCCUCGGUUUGCGAAUCAAACUAUCUGUCAGAACUGUGCCUCAACUCGAACCUCGACCGGAUCGCUCAUUGAUUUUAUGUCCAGCAACCUAUGUUGUAGAAAUGGCUGUGCUUCAAUGCAUGGCAGGUUUGAAGAGGUGACUUUCCAACCCGAGGAUACAGAUCAUCAUCAAUGUGCUUCAAAUGCUACAGCUCGCUCGCAUCAUCAUCGACACACAUGGGACCAGCACGAGAGCCGUGACAUCACUCCAGCAGGGUCCGGGACCAGCCAUUCGGAUGAAGAGUAUGAGAAGCUCGUUCUUAAGCAUGUCAUGGAGAAUAGUGAGAUUGCUUCUCCUCCAAAGAAGUCUGCUCAACAUGCUAGGGGUUCAGGGUCUUUCCGUGAGCUGGCUUCAUUGUACAGAGACCUUGCAGAAGAUGGUGACGAGAACGAUAUACAGCAUGAACUACGAUGGCUCAAAGCAAAAUACCAGAUUGAGAUGAGGGAAGUCAAAGAUCAUCAGUUGGGAAUUCUGACCACGCCCGUUGCGAAUUCAAGCUCCAGGGAAGAUGGAACAUUGAAUGGUGGCAAGGGUUUGUCUUGUUCGGUAUUGCAGUCGGCAUUGAAUUCAUUACAACAGCAAGACCAGUGUUGUAACUAUAUCAGCAAGAGGAGCUCCACCAUUUGUCAAGCUCACCGAGCUUCGACAAGGGAUUCCCCAGCAGAUGAUGAAACUAUCUUCACUGCCAAGAGCUUCUAUACUGGUUCAUUUCUUCCACACUCUCUUCACAGGACUACUUCCCUGCCAGUCGAUGCUGUUGAUGUAUAGUGUACAUCUUUGUUAAGUAAGUUCCACUGAUUUUUAGAUUAGUAUCUUUUCUUUUUGCCCCCCACAUAUACUCAAAAUUAUAGAGGCUCUUUUCCCCCCUCCACAAUUGGAGUUCCCUCACAGACUGUCACAGUGACUUUGUAUUUCUUUUUUUUUUUGGCUGAUACUGAUUCUGCCAGCCUGUGAAAAAGGGAAGAGUGAGUAACAAUAAUAAUGCAUCUGAAAGUCAAGGACAUGAAAUUAUUGCUAUCAUUGCUAUUAUGUGACUGGUUGUUCAUGUAGCAAUUGCAACAACCCUGAGAAAUAGUUGCAGAGCUGUGAGAUCUUCUCAACAAGCUAUGAUUGUAAAUAAGGUUGACAUCAUUGGUUUGGUAAUGGUUUGAGACCAAAACCAUAAUGGAGAUCGAGCUGAAGAGACUGAAGUCUGAAAGUGAAUUUGGUGUCCAGUACCAGGUUGAGCUGGCUGCCUGUCUGAUCAUUGGUUAGUUUGUGUUGGGAGUUGGGACCAAUGAAAACAAAAUGAAGAAACAAGAUUGAAGCAAAGAUAAGAAUUAUAUAUUCGAACCACCAUUUAUGGGAAGAGGUGUG